AUGCCCCAGUUUCGAGAAUUUGAUGACGCCGUAUGUUGUCCAGUAAAGCUGCGAUAUGUUAGUAGACGUUUCUGUCAUGAGAGACCUUUUUCAAUAAAUGUAAUAUGGAGUUUCACUGGGAAGUCGUUAAGAAGAUUUGAUAGUUUUGAUGGACUCACUCAACAACAGAUAAUUACCAGAGUGGAAUGGUUUGUGACAGAGAUGAAAAAUUAUGACGUGUUACCAAAAAACGCCUCCAUUGAUUGCAAGAGCAUUGCACUUCAGAAGCCAGAGCAUGUACUGAAUUUAUUGUUGAAGCUGGUGUCACAUGAUCUCCUCUUCACUUGGGAACGUUCAAGUCAACUGAUGCACCUUGAUGACAAAGUUGUUUGCUCUGUUCCUUUUAAGUGGACUCCUGAAAUUCAACCUUCAGUGAAGCAACAGCCUAAGUUGAGGUCAGUUUCUUCCCUUCUUGAUAGUUUAGAUGCACUGACAAACAGAACGGAACAGCCAAGUUUAGAAGAACAUUCAUCUCAAGACUCAGCUGUGUGGAAAGCCUUCCCAGGCCAUGAGGUCGCUCUAGGUUACAAGAAAGACAUCUUGAAAGGAAGACGAACAAAUGAUCCAAAUCCUGAGCAAUGUGCCCUGCAAAUGGUUAAUGCACUUUUAAAGGAGGCCUCUAAAGACACCAUAUCAGAAAUAUCAAGGCUGGAAGAUUUGGUGCACACUAAUGUCAUCUGCUCUCUGGUUAACUACUUUCUUCCACAUACAUUUGCCAUACAAAUUAUUCUGGAUGACAGAUGGGCUGUGAAUGUCGCCCUGAAGACCCUUGAGAAGCUACUGUUUAUAACAUCAUCUUUCUCUUGUGACGACCUAACCAAAGGCGACCUCCAGGCUGUGUGCGCCUACGUGUGUUUUAUCUGCAUGGCUGGUUUCAAGUACAAGCAAAGCAGGAGUGUUGUUAAUUAUAAUAAACAACUAAGUUUCAGAACUGAACUUGCAAUGUCUCGACUUAAGAUAUUUUCAUCAGAGAAUCUGGAACUGAACCAAUUUGCCGAGAAAAAUGAUUUGCAGCAGAAGGUGAUAGAAAUGAAAAAUGCUAAUAUACGGAAAUUGAUACAUUUACCUCUACUGGAAUCUGCUGAAGUUAAUCCAGAACAUUAUCAAGACUAUGAGGAUACUGUAUUGUUAUUACUGGAGAAUGGAGCAUCUCUCAAUAAAAGGGAUAGAAAUAACCACAAAGCAUUAUACUAUGCCAUGCGUGGACAACACAGAGAUAUUUGUCAGCUUUUGAUUGAAUGGGGAGGUCGUGUCUGGGACCAAAGUAGUGGACAGCUUUCUCCUUCUACUUCAAAACACAAUCUUAAAGAGUUCUGCAAAGAAUACAGUGAACGGUGGAAAACUGCUGUAUCUAGAAUCCUUAAAGGAGAUACUGGACUAUUAAAGAGGAUUGUAGAAGAUCAGGAAACUGGGAAGAGUACUAUGGCCAGCUUGAGAAGCAGAUGUAUUGAUGGAAGCACCUUGUUACAUGUUGCAGCCUACUUCGGGGAAGAAGAAUGUGUGGAGACUCUUUUGAAAUUACAUAUCGAUACAGAUGUAGUAGACUAUAAAGGAGCAACACCACUUCAACGAUCAAGAGAUGCAAAGACUAUGCAGAUGUUACGGAAUUAUGGUGCUGAUGUAAAUUGGAAAGAUGACGAUGGCAAUACAGCUCUGCAUAUGGUGUGCUAUGGAGAACCAGGACAGCCAACAAGGAUGGAUUCUUUACAGUUUUUGCUUUCUCACAAAGCAUCCACUAGAAAGUACAACAAGAAAGGACUUCUACCAAUCCAUUGUGCAGCUAUACAGGGACGGACAGAUAUUCUUCAGGCAUUAACAGAAUUUGCACCUAAAGAGAGAGAGCAUAUUACUGAACAUCUGACCAAAAGAGACAUUCCUAGUCUGCCUUACCUUGCUCUAACUAAUGGCCACCUGGAGAGUGCCAAAUGCCCAUUGCAUUUAGCAGCUUGCCACGUUGAAAAUUAUGAAAUUUUGGCAUUGCUGCUGUCGUGCAGUGCUGAAGUCAAUGCACUAAAUAAGGACUUGAUCACUCCGCUGUUUAAUGCCACCAAUUCAUCAAACUUUCAUGGAGCAAAACUGUUGAUUGACUAUGGAGCAAACUUAGAGUAUCAAGAUGAAAGAGGGCUCACUGCCUUUGACCACAUCAAGAACAUUGAUGACUGGAUUGCAUGUGGACUUUUCGGCAGUGAUAUAAAUGAAUUACUGCGAGCUUAUGAUCUACGUCAGUCCAUUCAACUUGUGAGACAAGUUGCUGACCGCAUGAAGACCAUGGAGGCAAUUUAA